AGGUGACCGAGCAGAGCUGCUGGAGAUGAGCUCGGAGAAGACCCAGCCGCCGCGCACCCCAGUGAACGGAGGGAAGUCUGGGCUUGCCGCCGCUUCCGCUGCUGCCGGCGAGGAGGCCAAACCGGCUGGGCCGAAAUCGGGUCCCGAAAGGCAGGUUUGCGCGAGCAGCGCUGGCGUCUCCGCUCUGACAGACAGCACCAAGCGAUUCCGGCUCUGUACCAGCCAGGAACCAGCCUCCCUUGGUGGGAGGAGCAGCCCCGGAGAAGGAAGCAGAAGCGGCCCUGGGAUGCUGCAGCACAAAGCCAGGAGAGCAUCCAGCCCUUCAUCGACCACGGACGAAAAGCCCAAAAAGAGCGUGUUUCCUCUACGGCUGACUAGAGGUAAAAAAGAGAAACACGCUCCCCAUGACAAGAACUUGUCAAGCACAGGCACCAGCCGCAAAGGAAAACCUACCUCAGUGGCCAAAGAAGAUGGCCCAUGUCCUACGGAGAGGCCUCGAACAGAAGUCCUGCCAGCGUUUCGACCCAGCCGAGAGAAUUACAGCAAGGGUGACGUAAAACCGUCAGCCGUCUCUUCACCCGUGGGAUCCUCCGUAGACUAUGAGGAGGACAUGUACCGAGAUGCGGAAGAAAUAGAGAGAGAGAAAGAGUGGCUUGUCUGUGGGGCAGGCACUUCAGUUUCCCCAGAAAAUAAACUAAGUGUUGCACCAGAAGUAGAUAUCAUGGAUUAUUGCCAGAAGGAAUGGAGAGGAAGCACUUCAAGUGCCAAGCGCAUGAGAAAGGGCUAUGAAGCCGUUUCACAAAGGUUCGUUUCCAUCAGGAGAGUGCGAGGGGACAAUUAUUGUGCAGUCAGGGCGACGUUGUUUCAAGCCCUCAGCCAAACACUCCGGCUUCCUGACUGGCUCCGGAACAAGGACCUGAUGCUGCUACCAGAGCACCUGAUGGCCAAAUACGACUGGAUCGCGGAGUGGCAAAAACUAACCGGGAAGGCAGAAAACUGGACUGAAGAAAUCAAAGGGUGCUUGCUGUUGUUAAAGCAGAAGUGGGAAAGCAUCAGUGCAAUGAAGACCCUUGCAGAGAGGCAAGCUGCUUGCGAUGAGCUUUUUGCCGGCGAGGAGGACGAGUAUCGCCUGUACGAAGCUGUGAAGUUCCUCAUGCUCAACACGGCCGUCAAGUUGUACGAAGACAACCAGAAGGGGCUGGAGGUGCCGGAGUUUUCCUGGCUUCUCUUUGCUCGGGACACGUCCAGCGACCCUUUCCAGCUCAUGAAGAACCACUUGAACCAACUUGGGCACACAGGAGGCCUUGAGCAAGUGGAAAUGUUCCUCCUGGCUUACACGCUGCAGCACUCCCUUCACGUCUACCGACUGUACAAGUACGGCACGGAUGAGUUCCUGGCUCUUUAUCCCAGCGGCCCAGAGGAGGGCUGGCCGGUGGUGACCCUGAUCACCGAAGACGACAGGCAUUACAAUGUUCCAGUCAGGAUGUGCGAAGAGACGAGUUUGUAAAAUGGCAUGUGUGAACGGGUGUAUAAACCGAAUAAAGAAUUAUGAGGAAGA